AUGGAAAAUCUCGGUCACAGGAUUGAAAAUGGUAAAAAUAAAGCAGCUGAAAAAGCUGUUAAAUCGUAUGAUGGUCCCGUGGCUGAUGGUGUCUCGAAUAUUUACAGUAAAUUACAGUAUGGUUAUGGUACAACGGCUGAUAAAAUGGGUAAUUUUCUUCGUUGGCUUGGACGAGAAGUAACAUUAGUUGGCAGAACAGUUGGUAGUGCUUUUCGAACCGGCCUACAUAAAGCUGGUGAUUUGUUAGGUGGCGCCUAUACAAAAACAAAUGAACUUGUUGGUGAAAAAUUAGAAAAAGCGGGUGUUAAAGUACACGAUGCAGGUACCGCACUGAAAGAUACAUCGAACGAAACAGUGGCUGAAGUUAGAAAUGCCUUUCAUGAUACAGCAUCCGGUUUCAAGAAAAAUGUUGCUGACGUGGUAGAAUAUCUAGGUCAUAGUUUAGCAAAACUCGGCAGCGAUACGGUGGAAGCCGGUGAAGUUGUUGAACGUCAUAAAUUCAUCGAUACUAUUAAAAAGUCAAUCGAGGAAAACUCCGAAAGUUAG